GCGAGAGAAGAGACAAAAGGGAGAGAAAAGGCAGAGGAGGCUGGGCAGCGAAGCACCGAAGAGAAGUGCACGCAGCGCAUCGCAGCGCAGCGCAGCGCAGCGGAGGCUUCUUCUCUUUCGCCUGCAGUAACGACCCCCCACACCUCCACCCAGACGAAGGGAUCACGACGGCUCUUCUGGUCACAUCAUCGAGGUGCAGGCUGCCCGAAUCCAAAUCUGUUUACUUCAGCUGACUGUCUCGAUUCAUCUAGGUUGCCCUUCCCUACUCGGCGUGGGCCUGUUGCACGGUGUCCGCUGUAUCUCUAUAAUACACAGGCUGCCCUUCACGACCAUCGGGAUCUACGUGCCUCUUCUCUUCGGGCGUGAGGCGUGGUCCGUACUGUCCCCCCUGAUUGGGAGUGUGACCGUGGUGAAGGUGGCAGUGACGCGUACCCUGCGGUUAAUCUACAAGCAAGUGGGCUGCGACGGUCGGUUCGGCAUCCGACAAAAGGACUUCUGCCUUAUUCUCUUCGGUUUCGUUGAUGACGACUUCCUCUCCUCCCCCUCUGCAAAGCACUCAGCCUCUGCUGAUCUGAUUCUUAGCUGCCCAAGUCCCCAUACUGUGAUUCGAUAUACAUUGUGUGUGUGUGUGUGUGUGUGUGUGUGUGUGUGAGAGAGAGAGAGAGAGAGAGAGAGAGAGAGAGAGAGAGAGAGAGGAUCGAUCUGUUCUCAGGUAGUCUGUUGAUUGGCAGAGGUUGGUUGGUUGUGUGUUUGGUCAAGCGGAGUGUGUUUUCUCCUUUGCUCUGUAGGUUUCUCGGUGCUGCCUUUUAUUAGGCGGGCUUUCUCCGCCGAGUCUUGGGUAUUCUGUAGUGGUAAGUAGGUUUCAGUUUCGUCGAGUUAGGGUUUCGCGAGUCUAGCUGUUCGGGGGGCUUUGAGUGUCGCAAGAUGAGUGUAGUGGGGAUUGACGUCGGUAAUUUGAAUUGCACUGUCGCGGUCGCGCGUCACAGAGGGAUCGAUGUCGUUCUCAAUGAGGAAUCAAAGAGAGAGACGCCGGCACUUGUCGCCUUCGGCGAUCAUCAGCGGUUGAUUGGCGCGGCGGGAAUGUCGAGUCUCUCUAUGAAUCCGAAGAAUACCAUCGUUCAGAUCAAGCGCAUCGUCGGUCGCAAUCAUGGAGAUCCAGAGUUGGAGACAGACUUGAAAACCUUUCCAUUCAAAACCAUUCCCGGACCGAAUGGAGAACCGCUUUUGCAGGUGGUAUUCAAGGGGGAGCCUAGGACGUACACACCAGUUCAGGUGUUGGCAAUGCUCCUUUCCAACUUGAAGUCCAUCGCUGAAACUAAUCUGGGCAUUCCUGUUCUUGAUUGCGUGAUUGGCGUGCCGACCUACUUCACUCAGUCGCAGCGGCUUGCCUACCUCGACGCGGCGGCGAUCUGUGGCCUCAAGCCGUUGAGAUUAAUGCAUGAGUUGACGGCUGCCGCUCUCUCUUAUGGGAUUUACAAGACUGAUCUCUCCGACACCGAACCGACUAACGUUGCCAUAGUGGACGUAGGGCAUUCGAGUCUCCAGGUGUGUGUAGUGGCGCUGAAGAAGGGCCAAGUGAAAGUCCUAGCGCAAGGGUUUGAUAGAACGAUUGGAGGGCGCGAUUUCGACGAAGUUCUGUUCGACUACUUCGCUGAGCAGUUCAAGGGGACUUAUAAGAUCGAUGUAAAGACGAAUGCACGCGCUGCGCAGAGACUGCGCAUUGCCUGCGAGAAGAUCAAGAAGAUCCUCAGCGCCAAUCCUGAAGCGCUGAUGUCGAUAGAGUGUUUAAUGGACGAGAAGGAUGUCAAGUGCUUCAUCAAGAGAGAUCAAUUCGAGGCCCUCUGUGAACCCCUUCUGAAGAAGGUGUUGGGUCCGUUGGAGCGGACUAUUAAGGACUUCGGUGUGGCCGUUGAGAGCCUUGCAGCUGUGGAACUGAUUGGUUCUGGCUCUCGUAUCCCUGCAAUUGGCAAGAUAUUAACCAACUUUUUCGGCAGGGAGCCAAGAAGGACAAUGAACGCCAGCGAGUGUAUUGCUAGAGGAUGUGCGCUGCAGUGCGCUAUGCUCAGCCCUACUUUCAAAGUGCGGCAAUUCGAGGUGCUGGACGCGUAUCCGUUUGCCAUUGAUCUGGUAUGGAGCAAGGGACCACAGAGUGAUGCGGCAGCACCCGCGGAGGAGGAAGAACCGAAGACGAAGGAACCCAUAUUUCCCAAAGGUUGUACUUUCCCUGCCAUGAAACAACUGACAUUCAACAGGAGCGAGCCGUUUACUAUCGACGCGGUGUACGCAGAUAUCAACGAUCUGCCAGCUGGCACACCUAAGAAGUUUGCCUCGUUCCAGAUCGGUCCCUUCACACCUACUAAGCCGGGCGAGAAGGUCAAGUUGAAGGUUAAGGUGAAGCUGGAUGUGCAUGGUAUCCUCAAAGUGGAGUCGGCAACGAUGAUCGAGACUGAAGAAGGCGCAGAUGGGAAGGAGGAAUCGCAGGCUGAUGGGGCUGUGCCAAUGGAGGGGGAUGCCAAAAGGCAGGAAGGAGAGGCGAAAGAUGAGGGUGGGGACUCCAAAAUGGACGAUUCAGAGACGAGGUCAUCGGCAGGCAAUGGUGGAGUGUCUGUAGAAUCGGUCAAGAAGGAGGUGAAGAAGAAACUCAAGAAGACAGAAGUUCCGGUUACGGCGAUUAUUCUUGGUUCCCUGGCGAAGGAGGAUUUGGAGAGGGCAAUGCAAUUGGAGUACAGUCUUCAGCUUGACGACAGAGUGAUGGAGGAGACAAAGGAGAGAAAGAAUGCAGUGGAGUCGUAUGUCUACGAAAUGAGGAAUAAGCUUUCAGAGAAGUUAGCACCUUAUGCUGCAGCGGAGGAAAAGGAGACACUCUUGCGGUUGCUGAAUGAUACGGAGGACUGGCUUUAUGAUGAGGGGGAGAAUCAGAUGAAGGGCGUGUAUAAUGCCAAGUUGGAGGAACUGAAGAAGCUUGGUGAUCCUAUUGAGUUUCGGCAGAAGGAGGAUGAGGCCAGACCGAAUGCUCUCAGACAACUAGAUUACUGUUUCCGGAGUUUCAGGGAUGCUGCAAUGUCGGAAAAUCAUGCUUACGAUCACAUCGACGAUGCUGACAAGGAGAAGGUUGUCAAGGAGUGUAAUGAUGCAGAGGCGUGGCUGAGAGAGAAGUACGAGAUGCAGAAGAACUUGCCCAAGACUGCAGAUCCAGUUCUCUUGUGCUCGGAGAUAAUGAAGAAGGCUGAAGUGCUUAACGGGUUUUGCAAACCCAUAAUGCUGAAACCGAAGCCGAAGGCACCAAGCCCAGCACCAGAGAAGAAGCCGGAAGCGAAGGGGCCUGCAUCGCCAGAGAAUACUCAUACGGCAGAGGAGGGAUCGGAAGAUAUGGAAACGGAUACGAAAGCGGAGGGAGGGCCCGAGGAAAUGCAGUCCGAAAGCUGAGGGUUUCGUUGAGCAUGGGGCAAUAUUGGGUUACAGGUAAUUUGAUCAGGAAGAUGUGUGUUUGGCAUGGAGAUUUUGACUGGGUGGUGAUGAUUGCUGCUUGGCUGCUUGCAUGGAAAACGUCCUUAUGGAUGGAUGGGCUUUGUGGACAAUCAGAGGUUUGUGGGUGGACUUCACGUGUAGAAUUUUCUCUUGGAUGGGAAUGGUCGCGGUCUGGAGCGAGCAAUAGUUUAGUUGUAGUUAGGAAUGGCUGUGGUUGUAGGUCCUCUGAAAUGUUUGGGAAGAUGGGGAGUGUGUAGGAGGGUUUUUUUAAGGCUUGCGCAAUUUAUUCGCAGAGCGGCUCAUGUGAAUGCAAGGUCGUUUUCUCCCAGACAUUUUCAGACAUCGACAUGGUCAUUACUUAUAAGAAACCCUGAAGCGUGACAACAAUCUUGUGCUGUUGGUGCGUUUGCGCUGACGGCUAAGAUGCCGUCCGCCGUCUGCCCUGCGGCAGUGAGGAUGAUGCGAGAUUUUAGUUGCUGAAGGAGAUUUCGAAAGUUAUGGCUAUGGCAGGGUUGAUGGUGGAGAAUCUCUCGCGGGAAGUAAUGAGCCAGGCAUGCGUGCAUCUUCGUGAGCAACAGGGUGGGGGUGAUAGGAUGUAGUCAAAUCGAGGAUGAGAAGGGGGGCGGGGGCGAGGUUGGUCGGCACCGUCACACGUUUUUGUGCUGGUGCAGUGGCCGAGUGUCUUGCAAUGGGAGUCAAUAAGCUAGUUGAGCUCUUUGAAGGGGAGUUAGGGAUUGCCCGGCAGUGCGAAGAAGGUCAUGUCCACCCUCUGCACUCUUUGAAGGGGAGUGAGGGAUUGCCCGGCAUAGCGAAGAAAGUCGUGCCCAUCCUAGGCAGGAAGAGGGGUUCAUCAUUUCAGCGAAGCGGGAGAAGAAAGCUCUUAUUGGAGCUGGAGAGGGAUGUUAUCACUCGAGGGGAGAAUGACAGCGCUGCUUAAGAAGAUUAGUUUGUACUGAGUUCUCAUUGGAUAUGAUGAUUGAUUGUAUUGGAUUUGUUUUUUGACUAGUUCUUUUGUCCAUUGAGUUGAGAGCGUGUGGUGGUCUGUGUUGACUGUGCAGUCGAGUUCAGUUAUGCGUGAACUCAAAAACGAGGAGCUGAGAGGACCAGAGAGAGAGAGAGAGACACAGAGAGAGAGAGGUUCAUGGGCUGGUUUUGUAGGUGUCUGUGAUGUUGUGAGGUCCCGGACAAAUGGAAUGUCUCUGCAUUUGAGAGAAGAGAAGAUCUGCUAGGGAUACGAUUUGCAGCAUUUGUCUUGAUGUCGCUAAUCAGUUGAUCAAAUGUGCAACCUCUUAUGAAAAAGUACCAAUGUGAUGUUUGGGAGGGUAAAUAGGCGUUUCUUGAGGACAAUUGUUCAUCUAAUGAUGGGGUUAAAGAGUGGGAGUGGGGUGGGUAGGUUGGUAUCAUGUAAUAAUGGCAGGAUGGGAAGGGACUGGGGGAAAACGAGUGUGGGCGAGUAUGCGUGGACUAUGCAGUUGGAAAAGG